AUCUUUUCUUCUCCUUGGGCGAUUUAGUUUCUCCUUGGCGUCGGCAUCUUUUAGAGGUGAAUUGAAUGAUAGUCCAUUUUCGUUGGUUUUCCAUAUGAAUUUUUGUGUUGUUUAGGGUUUGUGAAUUCUGAUCUGAGUCACCGAUCUAAACGAAACAUACGAAACCUCGAUCGAUUUAUACAGAGAGAUCAGAACUUGAGUGAGAUCUCGUCUUCAAGCUGCAGGAAGAAGGAAGUCGAGAAAAUCACCGACGCCGGAGAUCUAGUGAAUCGCCUUCUUCAACUAUGGCGCUUAGAUUUAAUCCUGUCUCCACGUCGCUCUCACCACCACUCCCUCCUCCUCUCAGAACUCAAAUUGAAGAUCCAAACGCUCAGUCUCAGCCUAGUCAAGAGCAUUUUGAUGCUUUUACUUCAACCAAAGUUGCGGAUCUAGCUAAGCCGUUGAAGGAAUUAGGGUUUCCUUAUAAGAUCCAUAUAGUGAAAGAUCAUGAUAUGUCUUGUGAUUGAGAGGCUUGGUCUUAGUGCUGUGAUUAUGGCAAGGCGAAAACACGUUUCCAAUUUUACUUGGAAUCCGAUUUGGGAGAUUAUUAUCACACAAAUUGAUCAAUUAUACUCAUUUCACUUCAGAUAUAUAAGGAGAUAUUGGUAGAUUAAUCAUUGUUAGGGUUAUUAGAAACUAGUUGAUAAUUCUGUUUACGUUCUUUUUAUUUCUACUUGUGGCAUUCACAGAGGUAAAGGAGUCAUUUGCAUGCUGUUUUCCAAUAAAGUUAAUUCUCUAAUCGAACAAGUUUCGAGAUUGGAUAUUGACGACGAUAUGGGCCUUGGAGGUAGUGAAACAAUGGAAUGCAAGUGUGGUAUGCCCCUAUGCAUCUGUGUAGCUUCUUCCAAAUCAACGGAUAAACCAAACCCACCGGCUACCGUUGCUCCUGUGGUUCUCCCUCAGUUAAAGUCAGAGACUUCAGCAAAAAGUAAAGGUUCUACUUCCAGCAGCAAUGCUAGAUCAGCUCUUAAUCCUGGACUAGACACCCCCCAAAGAGACUAUGAAGCCAGUGGGGAGGGAUUAAGGGAAGCUAUUAAGAAUGGUGACAUUGCUGGUGUGAAAAAGCUUCUAAAAGAGGGCGUAGAUGCAAAUUACCGUGACAAGCAGGGAAUGUCAGUGCUUCAUCUGGCUGUCCUUUUCAACCAAACUGAUAUUGCAUUGAUGUUGAUGGAUCAUGGAGCAAGCCUCGAGUACAAGAAUGCACAAGGAGAAACACCGCUAGAUUGUGCACCCGCAACACUGCAAUACAAGAUGCGGGAAAAGAUGAAGUCCACUUAACAGCAGGCAUCAUACAGAGGUACAAAUCAUUUUUUCAGAUAAGGGAAAGAUUUGUAAUGAGUUUGCUUGUAACUUUAGUUGCAUUCUGUGUGCAAUUUUUCAUGUUAUGUGAUCUUUGAACCAUGUCUUCUUUCGCUAUGACAUAAAAACUCUCCUUUUGUGGCAAGCUAAAAAUAUACAGUUGUUCAAUU